AUGCGAGCCUCAGUCUUGCUCACUAGUCAAAUCAUCGGCAUUGCCUACGCAGCCCUCUCGGCACAGCGUUUUGCAAACGAAACACUUCCACCUCUGCUCGAUGCGACUCUCGACCAGCUCCGCCAAGGUUUGGACACUGGAGCGCUUUUAAGCGUCAACCUCGUCGAUGCAUACCUCGCCAGGAUAGGCGAGGUAAAUGGGGUUGUUCGGGCCGUCACCGAGAUCAACCCGGACGCGCGCGUCAUCGCCGAAAAGCUAGACGCAGAGAGAAAACAGAGUAAUGGCGCCCGCAUAUUGGGUCCGCUUCAUGGGAUUCCGGUCCUCAUCAAGAACAAUAUUGCUACUGCCGACUCCAUGAAUAACACGGCCGGGUCUACGGCCCUGCUCGGGGCAAAGGUACCUGAGGAUAGCCCCGUUGUUGCCAAGCUACGGAAGGCGGGCGCUAUUAUACUCGGAAAGUCCAACUUGUCCCAGUGGGCAAACUUUCGAAGCACCAAUUCAACCAAUGGCUGGUCGGCGCACGGGGGUCAGACCGUGGGCGCGUACUAUCCCGGACAAGACCCCUCGGGCUCAUCAUCAGGCAGCGCGGUUGCCUCGUCACUUGGUCUAGCAUGGGCCAGUUUGGGCACGGAAACGGCUGGCUCAAUCUUGUCACCCGCUGCGCUGGCUAAUACGGUUGGUAUCAAGCCUACGGUAGGAUUGACGUCUCGCUACUUGGUGAUUCCAAUUUCGGAGCACCAAGACACCGUUGGCCCCAUGGCACGAACUGUCAAGGAUGCUGCCCAUCUUCUCGCGGCAAUCGCAGGGCCUGAUCACAAUGAUAAUUACACAUCUGCCAUUCCCUUUAGCCAAGUUCCCGACUACAUCAAGGUUUGCAAAGAGGAUGCUCUGAAAGGCAAGCGCCUUGGCAUACCCCGAAAUCUAAUCAGUCAACUAAAGUCAGACCCGUCCGUAGCAGCCUUCGAAUCGGCUCUGAAGGUCCUCCGAGGAGCGGGCGCCGAAAUCAUCGAUGACCUAGCGUUUCCCGGCUUGGACAUUCUGAACAGAGACUUUGCAAAUGCUUCAGGCGUGGUGCUAAACUCUGAUUUCGUUUCGAACCUCCCCGAUUACCUCUCGCUCUUGGUUUCAAACGCCAACAACAUCACUUCUUUACAAAGUCUGCGACAGUUUACGCAAAAGAACCCCGCGGAGGAGUUCCCCAAGCGUGACACUGCGACUUGGGAUGAAGCACUGGCACAGGGUUUCGAUAAGAAUGCCUCUGAGGCGCAGAAGACUAGAGACACCAUAGCGUACCUGGCUGGCACCUUAGGCCUUACGGGGGCCUUGAAGAAUUUCACCCUCGACGCCGUUGUGCUGCCGACUACGUUGGCAAUAAGCAAUGCGGCUCUCCUCGGGACUCCAGUUGUCACAGUGCCGCUGGGACGAACACCAGACUCGACCGUUACUGAGUUGAAUGAAUUUGGCAACUUGAACACAACAGGGCCCAACUUGCCGUUUGGAAUCGGGUUUUCCGGGGACAGGUGGAGCGAGGAACUUCUCAUUGGCAUGGCGUAUGCCUUUGAACAAAAGACUCAAGUGCGAACCUCGAUCAAGCCAUUUAUGCAGCCCAAGACCGAGUUGCGAGAUGUAAUGCGGCCUUGA